AUGGUUGGAAAACCGUUAUUUUCCAACCAAAUGAAAUGAAGCAGCUAUACUCUGAGAUAAACGAGUGGUAGUGGAUUUUGAGGAGCAACAAUUCCAAUGGCGUUGAGGGUUGUCUCUUCCCCAACCAUCUUUUCUUCUUCACAAAGAAGAGCAGCUUCUGUUCUUCCAUCCACAGUCACAUUACCCAAUACAAACAGCUCCCUACUCUCUUCAAAAUCAGUAGCUACUCUUCUUAAUAGCAAGAGUAAGACGAGUAGGCGUAAUAUUGGUGUGGUGGUUACGUGUUCUGUUUCGCCUUCGUCGGAAGCCUCAGUUCUCCCAAAGGCACUCCUCUUUGACUGCGAUGGUGUACUUGUUGAUACUGAGAAAGAUGGUCACCGUAUUUCCUUCAAUGACACCUUUGCUGAGAAGGAAUUGGGUGUAACUUGGGAUGUGGAUUUGUAUGGAGAAUUGCUCAAAAUUGGAGGUGGAAAAGAAAGGAUGACAGCCUACUUUAACAAAGUGGGUUGGCCAGAAAAUGCACCAAAAACUGAAGAAGAAAGAAAGCAGUUUAUUGCUGGACUUCAUAAGCGAAAGACAGAACUGUUCAUGGCUCUUAUUGAGAAAAAAUUGCUGCCACUUCGGCCAGGUGUUGCAAAGUUGGUUGAUCAGGCUCUGGGUAAUGGAGUGAAAGUUGCAGUAUGCAGCACUUCCAAUGAAAAGGCGGUCUCAGCGAUAGUCUCAUGCUUGUUGGGACCAGAGCGAGCGGAAAAGAUCCAGAUAUAUGCGGGCGAUGUGGUUCCUCGAAAGAAGCCUGAUCCGGCCAUUUAUCUGUUAGCAGCCGACACCCUUGGGGUUGAUCCUUCAAGUUGUGUUGUUGUAGAAGAUAGUGGCAUAGGUCUUGCAGCUGCCAAAGCAGCUGGAAUGAAGUGCAUUGUGACUAAGAGUGGGUACACAGCGGACGAAAAUUUCUUAAAUGCAGAUGCAGUUUUUGAUUGCAUUGGAGAUCCUCCAGAGGAACGGUUUGACUUGGCAUUUUGCGGAAGCCUUCUUGAGAAACAAUAUGUCAGUUAGUCCAUCAGGCAAUCUGAUUGAAUACACUGCCCUUGUUUAUGGCAUGUUUUGCUCACCACAUAUCAUUUCAUGUAUUGUAUCUCCACAAUGACUGUUUAAUAAAAAGCUUUAUGUCAUUUUAUCUCUUGA